UUAAGAUUCAGCAAGAUGGCGAUGUGAAGUCACUUUCUGUUUACAAAUAUACCCCGAUAUCUCCACUGUUGUCCAUCAUUUUUUGUUCGUUUUAGUCGUGUGCCAUCAUUAUUGUAUAUGAGCGCUAACGGUAACGGUUCCAGUGACCGUGGAGCUCCAGCUGCCAGCGCCAUCACAGUCACUCUACCCACGCGUCCAUCAACAGCAGACGGAACUGAAACAGACGGGAUGAAAAGAGCAGCAGCCAAGCAGCUAAUAGAAAAGUACUAUUACCAACUCACAGAUGGCUGUGGCAACCCACAGUGUACCAAUCAACAUUGUGCUUCAAGCACCGUCUUCAGUCAGAAAAACCUGUCGAAAAAUGAAGCGGCAGUCCGAGCCUUGGAUUUGUUCAAGCAGAAAGCGCGACUGUGUGAUUCCACGCCUGCGUCCAAAGUGCCAAAGGUUCCCAUUCAAGAGACUGGGGAGGCCAACCACAUGUCAACUGUACAGAGCAGUGCCACAGAACGACCCUCUACUUCUGGAGGAACUUCAAGCUCAGCUUCAGCAACCAAGAGAACUAAAACCCCAUUCUUAACUGAACAGAAAGUCCACGCAAUCAUAGAACAGUGUCAGAAGAAAGGUGACUGGUCUCUGUUGAUACGCACUGUGGGAGAAACCUUCAGAAAUGCUGAGGCAUUGAAUCUAAGUUUCGUAAAGCAGCCAAAAUCAAAGGAGCAGAUGCGUUCCAUGGAAGAGGAUGCAGACAAAGAUAAGGAUGAGAAUGAAAAGGAAAAGGAAAACCAAGACUCAAGUAGUGCCUCUGUCUCACCUUCUGAUGAGACAGAUGUGGAUUGUAGCACAGAUGAUGAAUUUAAUAAAGUGACUCUUGAUUUUAACUCAACAAGAAGAGCUUUUGAAGCAAUGUUUUCUGUAGAAGGACUGCCAUUCUUGUCUGCUCUGAAUAAUGCUAUUAUGUACCUAGCACGGGAUGUGGAAAUGCAAAUACGCUACCACCAGGCCAGUAGCAAUCCAGACUAUAUUAAUCUAUUCCUGAUCAUAAUGGAGAUACCUGUGCAACAGAGUCCAGAGAUUCUGGAGAAUGCUUUCCCUAUGUUCUGUAAGGCAAUGGGCUGUCUGCCAGCCUCGGCACAAGCAAGGAUUGCAAAGGUUUGGUCCAAGUUUGAUGUUGUUAGGCUGCAGAAGUUAUUAGAGUCACUUCAGCAGUUAAUAACUGUAAAAAUAAUCACUGGACAGUUUGGCCGGACCCACACUAUAAGUGAUGACGAGGGAAUAGCAGGCGCGGCACGAGUGAUGAAAAUACUGUAUUAUGCCAGCAUGAUAGGUGGACGCUGUGACCAGCUGGAGUUGAUCAAGGAGGAGAGGAGAGUCAACCAGGAGGAAGAGAACGCAAUGCAUGAGUUUUUCCAAGGUGCUAUGGCUCAAGAGCCCAAAGACCAGCACCAGCCAAAGCCAGACCCUCUGGCCACUGAGCUCCAGAUCACCCCAAUAGACUGCAGGAAACCUUUGAUUCCCUUUGAAAACUUUAUUAACGAUGUGGUGAACGAACACGUGGAGAUGGACAAAGACUUCACCAAUUAUAAGAGUGACACUGGGAGGUUCUCCUACAUGAUGCACUCCUUCCUGCUCAGCACUGCUACCAAAAACCUAGGCAUGUAUUUUGAUAAUCGUAUCAGGAUGAUAAACGAGCGGAGGACUUCCAUGUUACAAAGUAUAGUGCAUGGUGCUCCCACAAUGCCAUUCCUGAGGGUGCGGGUCAGGAGGGACCACGUCAUAGAUGAUGCUUUGGUUGGGCUUGAGAUUGCAGCUCGUGAUAACCCCCAGGACUUGAAGAAGCAGUUGUAUGUGGAGUUUGAAGGGGAGCAGGGCAUUGAUGAGGGAGGUGUGUCAAAGGAGUUCUUCCAGCUCAUCAUAGAGGAAAUAUUUAACCCAGACUUUGGUAUGUUCACCUAUGACGAUGAGACCCGUCGAGUCUGGUUUAACCCCACGUCAUUUGAGAAUGAUGCUCAGUUCUCCCUAAUAGGCAUAGUGCUAGGUCUGGCCAUCUACAAUAAUGUCAUCCUGGAUAUCAACUUCCCCAUGGUGGUGUACAGGAAACUGAUGGGGAAGAAAGGAACUUUUGAGGACAUGGUUGACUCCCAUCCUACGCUGGCCAGCAGUCUCCAGCAGUUGUUGGACCAUGAUGGGGACGUGGAAGACGACUUCCUCCUGAACUUUGUCAUUGGGUUUAAGGAUGUGUUUGAGUCCACUCUGAGUCACCCUCUCAAGGAGAAGGGAGAGGACAUCCCAGUCACAAAUGAGAAUAGGGAGGAAUACGUAGAGCUGUACGCUGACUACUUACUGAACAAAUCCAUAGAGAAGCAGUUCCGAGCCUUCAAGAGGGGUUUCCUCAUGGUGACGGAUGAGAGUCCACUUAAGAUGCUCUUCAGACCUGAAGAAUUAGAGCUGCUGGUCUGUGGAAGCAAGGACUUUGACUUCCAUCAACUGGAGGGUGCCACAGACUAUGACGGGGGUUUCAAUUCAGGGAGCAGGAGUGUCAGGAAUUUUUGGGAAGUGGUGCAUGAAUUCUCAGAAGAGCAAAAGCGCCAGUUGCUCCAGUUUGCCACAGGCAGUGACCGUGUCCCAGUGGGGGGACUGUCCAAGCUGAAGCUAAUCAUAGCCAGGAAUGGACCAGAUUCUGACAGGUUACCUACUGCACACACGUGUUUCAAUGUCCUACUCCUACCAGACUACAGCACCAAGGAUAAAUUGAAAGAAAGAUUGCUCAAAGCCAUCACCCAUGCUAAAGGAUUUGGAAUGCUCUAAGCACACACUGGGAUAAGAAGCAGGGGUCCAUUUCACAAAAGAGCUUAUGUGAAAAAUUAGGUCUGAAUGUAAUUAAGAUCAAAACUUUCAGUUUGCUUUAACUGAAAAUAAAUGGGCAGUAAUCCACUUGAAUUAUUGAGUCUAUUUUGCAAAAAGUAAUGACAAAUGCCACGAACCAGUAGUUACUUGCAUGGACUGCAUUAGAUCUAAUCAAGAUUGAAUUACUGAAAAAAACCCUUAGUGUCCAAGUUUAAGACCAAUUUUGACUUAUUCUAGUUUGAAUCUGGCCCCAGAAUUAGUACAUCCGCCAUUGGCAGCAAGUGAACAUGACUUUUGUGGUCUUGAAAUAUACUGUUGUGUUAUUGCAUGCUGGGAGAUGAUGCAAUAAACUUAGCAUGGGAGACGUUUGGUUUAAGUCUGUGGAGAGACCCAUAACCUUUGGUUUGUGCAGAGAUUGCACCAGUUUUUUUUUUUUUUU